GAUAAUUUCAGGGACAAAAUGGCGUCAAAACAGAGUGUCCGUCUCACCAGGAUUGAUAUCCAAGCUCGGAAACGCUUCCCCCAUCUUAAGCGGGGAUAAAAUCAAUACCGAAGACCGGCAUGUCAAGAUACUACGGUUCUGCUCUUUUGAUAUCUUAUCAUCCUUCGAUAAGUUUACGUGCGAAGGCACCCUGGACUUUCUUCUCGCCCCUCCUUUUGCGCCUACGUCGCCCCCGAUGACGCCCGGCUCUAUGUUGAACACUAUAUUAUUCAGACCAGCUUCAUGCAUUUUUUGGCUGCCGCACAAUUCGGCCUCCUGGCCCGGAGUUCACUGUUUAACCACGACGUAGUUCCUUCAACGCCUACCGUUAAUCUAACUGGUUAUGGUGCGUUCUCUGGGGCUAAGAUAAGUGAGACGCUGACUGGAAGUUCCCUUCCGACUGCUGUGGACGCCUGGCUCGGGAUUGAAUAUGCGCUUCAGCCGGUUGGUCAGCGUCGUUUUUGGCCGGUAGAACACCGCCCUUCGGCUUUUGAUGGAGUCAGACCAGCGGCGAGCUAUGGAAACGUCUGCAUACAGGACACCAUCUACACCAAAAACCAGGUGCAAGACGAGGCAUGCCUCAAUUUCAACGUUUAUCGAACGUCAGAUAUACCAUUAGAGGAGAACCUCCCUACUUUGGUCUGGAUCCACGGCGGAAGCUUUGUUCUCGGUUCUGCCAGGAGUAUGGAUGGGGCAUCUUUUGUCGCCUCGUCUAAGCUACCUAUUGCAGUUGUAACGUUCAACUAUCGGCUUAAUUCGCUGGGAUUCCUUCCUAGUAAGCUUUUCGCAGAGGAGGGUCUUCUUAAUCUUGGACUACGAGAUCAGCACUUCCUGCUUCAGUUUCUUCAGGAUCACCUAGAGUCAUUCGGGGGAGAUCCGAAGCAGAUAACUCUAGGCGGCCGAUCAGCCGGAGGACAUUCUACUGGCAUCCAUUACUUUCACAAUUAUGGAGAGGACGAAGGCAAACCACUAUUUGCACGAGCGAUCUUCCAAUCCGGAUCGGUUACAGCACGCGCGUUUCCGGAUAUAGAUUUCCCACAAUACAAGCAGGACUUCAAACUGUAUAUGCGAUAUCUCAACUGCCCAGCUGGCGGGAGAAGCAAGGGGGAGAAUGCGCUGGCAUUAGAUUGCCUCCAACAAGCGCCAGUGCAGAGUAUCCAGAGUAUCAGCGCACAAAUGUAUGCCGAGGCAGAACAAACUCUGAGCUGGCCUUUCCAGCCUACCUUAGGAGGCCCUCUACUAGAAAAGCCAGGAUCAAAAUCUGGUGCUGAAGAAACCUUCCAUCAUCUCCCCGUGAUUACCUCCUACGUCACGGAUGAAGGGAAGUAUUACACCCCGGCAAUUCAUCAUACAAACGAUGAUCUCCUAUCGUUUAUGCACGUUAUGAUGCCCUACCUGAACUAUACGGAUAUCGCCUUAUUGAAUGAGCUGUACCCGGACCCGAUACGACAUCCCGAUUCCCCGUGGGCACACUCAACAAAUGCCACCCAGUACAACCGGCUCUCAGCCGCUUGGUCCGACAUGGCUUAUAUCUGCCCCAGUCGGGAAACUGCUUUCCGCACAUCGACCGCCGGCGUCCCUACGUGGAGGCUUCACUUCAACACGCCAAACUACCCGUUAGAGUACCAGGCGUGGCGAGGGAUUCCGCAUACCUCCGAUUCGGCUUAUGCGUUCGAUUCGCCAGGGGUAGCAUUUCCUCAGACCGCACACAUAUACCACGCUUACCUAGCCAGCUUCGUGGCGACGGGCAACCCAAAUACUGCCCGGCUAGAGGGAACCCCGGAAUGGCCAAACUACCAUGCCGCGAAGACCUGCGGGGCGGAUAGGCCAAAACAGCUUAUUAUUAAUCCCGGUACUUACACCACCGUGGAAGAAGACUCUGUUAGGAUCGACCAGUGCAAUUUUUGGAAUGAUCUUGAUAGGGCUAAAAGGCUGAAUAAGUAGACGACAGGUUGAGCAUGGCGAAUUUACAAGUACCUAGGAUAUACAUAUUGAUAUCUUCAUUAUGACACGGUAUUAUAAAUAGUACAAUUCGUUCAGUGCUAAACUUGGCAACCCCUAUUCCAAAAACUUCAAACUACCUCCUACGAUAACCCUUGCAGAUAGGUACGCUAGGCAGACAUGAUGCUCUAAUUUACCCAUGACCU